AUGGAUUUUCAAGAUAUUUUAUUCGCAAUAUCAAACGAAUGUGCAGAUAUAAAAGAUACAGCAGUAAACAUAGUGAAAACGUACUUAAAUGGACAUUGGAAAACAGCAGAUUCCGAUAGCAUAACCAUCAAGAAAAUAAAUGGCGGUCUUUCUAAUUGGUUGUACAAAAUAACUCUCUCCCCAUUCCAGGAUCCCAGUCAUGAUUCAAAACAAAAUACAAUUUUAUUGAGAAUAAACGGUCCCAACUAUGGGAAAUUUGCAAAAAAUCAAAAAAUCACAGAUUCCCUCGUUUUUUUAUUAAUGUCCGAAAGAGGAUUGGGACCGAAACUUUUGGGUGUGUUUCCAAAUGGAAGGAUAGAAGAAUUUGUAGAUGCUAGACCAUUGCAAACGAGCGAACUGUCAAAACCGAACAUAAGUUCGGCCAUUGCGAGAAAAAUGGCUCACAUUCACUCAUUGAAUGUUCCAAUAUCGAAAAAUCCUGAUUUCGUUUAUGAUUUGAUGUUUCACUGGCUCCAGGAAUUAUUGUUACACGAAGAUACUUACAAACCCAAAAAUUUAGAAUUGUUUAAAGAAUUUAAAAAUUAUGAUUUAUUAUCCGAAGUUGCUUGGCUCAAACAAUAUCUAAGAAAAUACAGUUCAGUGAUUGUGUUCUCUCACAACGACUUGCAGGAGGGAAAUAUAUUAAUUACUAACGAUUCACUACAUUCAAACAAUCCUAGUCUUGUUCUUAUCGAUUAUGAAUAUUGUUCAUAUAACUACAGAGGAUUUGAAUUGGCCAAUCAUUUUUUAGAACACACGAUGAAUUAUAAUGCUGAAGAUUAUCCUCAUUUUACAAUUGAUUUAUCUGCUUAUCCUACACAUGAACAACAGAUGGGUUUCAUUCAUCAAUAUUUAACCACAUAUCAUGAAUUGUUACCAAAGGAUUCGAUAACAAAUUAUGCUGAAGAAGAAAAAAAACUUUUAAAUGAAGUUCAUCAGUAUAGAUUACUAUCUCAUUUAAUGUGGGGUAUAUGGGCAGCUGCUCAUUCGCAAUGUGGAAUCAAAUUUGGAUAUUGGGAUUAUUCCAUGGCCAGAUUGAAUGCUUAUUUUAAAACAAAAGAAGACAUUAUUUCUUUUCACAUGAAAUCAACGGGAAAACGAAACUUAUGCUAG